GAGAGAGAGAGAGAGAGAGAUUGCGCCGUGUAUCGUGAACAUUUUGGGGAGCUUCUGGAAAAUGCAAGAAGAGCAAAAAAAAAAAAAAAAGUCUAAAUUAUGAUAAAGGGAUGACGCUCACUGUGAGCUUUUGCAGCUGAUUUGCGGCUCCACAAUGCUCAGCGUGUAUCGCUCCGUUGCGUUCUGCGCGAGACGAAGAAGAAGCGGGAGAGCCGCGCACGGCUUGUCCAGCUGCUGCCGGCAUGUUCGCCACUCCGCACACUGAAAAAGGUAAUUCGAACAAAAUACCUUUGUGGGAUUUGAUGCCGCUUUCCUCUAUCGCCUCCUCUGGGUUUUUUUUUUUCCCCUCCUUGCAUCAAACUGCGCGGAGCUGCUGCACGCAUGACGAUGAUGCACUGAAUUUUUGAUGUAAGCCCGUGUUUUCCCACCUUGCGACAAAAAAAAAAAAAAAAAAAAGAAGACGGGAGGAAAAAUGCUCGACUUCGACGCCAAGUGUGAGGAUGUGUGUGUCAUUGUUGCGGCACGCCGGCGAGCUCUCCGGCCCAAGGCGGGAACAAGUCACCUCAGCUGAAGAGGAGACACAAGCCCCGCGAGCGAGCCCGUGUUCAUGUUUGUGGGCCCCUCUGCUGAGGUCUCCCUAAAGAACACCCACCGUCCCAAAUCUGCAAGCAAGCAUCCGAGUGCUUUUUUUUUUUUUCUAAAGCAGACUGCAGUCCUGAUGCAUCUUGUGAAAAGUCAGAGAGCUUUCUGUCAGGUUUGCAUCAGCAGACAGGAGACGGAGCAGACGGCAGCUCUGCGUGUGUCAUGUUAGAGGCUGGACUCUUGCCUGCACCCCCUCCCCCUGGAACUCUCAGACAAAAUCUUUAACCUGGGCCCACGGGAGAGAGACCCUUUCAGGUGGAGCGGUACCGAGCGCGCAUCUGAUUUCGAGUGAACAUUUGUGAAGCGAAAGGUUCGACUCCCGACGUCAGCCCCCCCCGGAAACCAGGGUCAGGAUGCAGGUGUCCUUCGCCUGCACUGAGCACAACCUCAAGAGUCGCAGCGAGGACCGACUUUGUGGCCUUCGCACCGCUCCGCCCCCGGGAGGCAGCAGCGGAGGAGUAGGAGGAGGUGGCGGCGGUGGAGGAGGAGGAGGCGGCGGCGGAGGUGGUAGUGGCGGAGGAGCGGGCGGCGGAGGCGGGGGUGGAGGAGGAGGAGGUAGCGGACAAGAGCGCAAUGGCAACUACACCUCCCAAGGGUCGGUCAAGACCAGGGAGGGCCCCGGGUCGCGCCAGACCUCUCAGGGCCACGCGCACAUGAAGGAGGCCAUCGGGCGCCACACUAGUAUGAAGUACAGGAACCUCGGGAAGUCCGGCUUACGUGUUUCCUGCCUCGGCUUAGGCACAUGGGUGACGUUUGGAUCACAAAUAUCUGAUGAGAUGGCAGAGAACCUGAUGACCUUAGCGUAUGAGAAUGGGGUCAACCUAUUUGACACUGCAGAGGUUUACGCUUCUGGAAGGGCAGAGAUCACGCUGGGAAACAUAAUCAAGAAGAAAGGAUGGAGACGCUCAAGUUUUGUCAUUACAACAAAGAUCUACUGGGGAGGCCAAGCAGAAACAGAGAGAGGGCUCUCCAGAAAGCACAUUAUUGAAGGUUUAAGAGGAUCUUUAUCAAGGCUCCAGCUCGAUUACGUGGACAUUGUGUUUGCCAACAGAAAUGACGUCAACAGUCCGAUGGAAGAGAUCGUGCGGGCCAUGACGUUUGUCAUAAACCAGGGCAUGGCCAUGUACUGGGGCACCUCCCGCUGGAGCGCCAUGGAAAUCAUGGAAGCUUACUCGGUAGCUCGCCAGUUCAACUUGAUCCCACCGGUGUGCGAGCAGGCCGAGUACCACUACUUCCAGAGGGAUAAAGUCGAGGUGCAGCUACCGGAGCUCUACCACAAGAUCGGUGUCGGAGCGAUGACCUGGUCACCACUUGCGUGUGGAUUAAUCACCGGAAAGUACAGCGACGGCGUACCAGAGUGCUCCAGAGCAGCAAUGAAGGGCUACCAGUGGCUGAGGGAGCGAGUGAACAGUGAGGAGGGGCGAAGGCAGCUAGCAAAAAUCAAAGAGCUCCACCUACUGGCAGACAGGCUGGGAUGCACCGCCGCACAGUUGGCCAUCGCAUGGUGCCUUCGCAGUGAAGGCGUCAGCUCAGUACUUCUGGGGGUUUCAAACACAGACCAGCUACUGGAGAACCUGGGCGCACUGCGGAUUUUAUCCCAAAUGAACCCCCAAACAGUCACGGAGAUGGACGCCGUGCUGGGAAACAAGCCGCACUCAAAGAAGGAGUCUCGCGCGUGAACCUCACACCUGUCCGAGCAAAAGCAAGAAGAACGACCAAGAAGACAAAAAGACUUUGCUUUUUCUCUGCCGUAUACUCAACAACUUGCAUGUUCUCAGCAACAUUAUGCUACCAGAAUGAGCGCAUUAAAGCCUUGCGCGCAGUACAUUGUAUCAUGUAUGGGAAAAAAAAAAAAAAAAGAAAAAUCUUGCAGUUGUUCAUCAGAACAGAAACAGGUCAUAUUAAUACUCACUGAUUGGAAAAUUAUGUCGAGGACAAUGUGAGGAGGUCAAAGGUUAGAGGUGAGAGGUUGCAAAAAGCAAAAAAAAAAAAAAAAGGACUUUGACUCCGAAAAGGGGAAGAUGACGACAUCGCCUCUGUGCUAAAAUGUGAACUGGCUGAGUCAAUGCGUUAGCUGGGAGUGUCCGGCCUGCUUCCGGCUACAUUUUGACAGUCUGAACUGUGUCCCCAGCAACCGCAACAAGCAUCAAGAGGGACAGAAGUUGGUUUAAAUGUGUCGUGACCAACAUUUACCAUAGCGUGCAUGCGACUGGUCUGGCAAGGAUUCACUGCUUUACCAAGUUGGCUCACUUGUGCGGUUAAAAAAAUGAAGAAAAAAAAUACAUCACACGCUUUUUAGAAAUAGGCAGAUUACUCGGAGGUAUAAAAAAUGCACUAAGGACGUGAGAUUAUAGUUUACAAAGUUUGGAGAAGAAUGACUGCUCUUGAUGAUGCAUUUCAAAAAGUAGCGGAAAGAUUCCAAUCUUUGGAUUAUCGUGUGUAUUUUCAUGCGUUUCUUUCAUGGGGUCAAAGCGGAGUGGUUACCGUCAAAGUACAUUUUUCUAACCCUGUCGCAUCUCUUGGGAGUGUCUUUUUUUUUUUUUUUUUUUGCCUCAUCUGUUCCUCAACUGUGCGCAUGUCCCUUUAAGAGAGAAAAACUCCAACAGGUUAUCAAAUAUGGCAUGGCUUUUAUCGGCGUGAUGUAGAUUUGCAGCACCCAUUAAGAGCCGCACUUGACGGCAAAAGGAUCAAAGAUCUAAAGGUCCAAGUGUGACAUUGAAGACGUGUCGAGUGCACGCAGAGGUCAUUUGUAAAGGUCGCACUACGAGUCACACGGGGUGAAAUUGAGUAAAUAUGUUUUUGUUUUUUGUUUUUUUUUUAAUGGAAGCCUUUUACAGCUUCUUCAAUCAUCUCUCUGGGAAAUUCUGUGUUUUUGUUUCUACGUUCUGGGCAUUUAAUACUCUGGUUUCCAUGCAUUUCCCUUUCGUUUUCUACGGCUUCUAUGGAGAGUGAGGGUUGUGUUUCUUUUGUCAUUGUGACCCACAAUCGGGACUUUUAAGUGGGGAGUGUUAUGACGACGUGCUGAAGUCGGCACACAAUUCAAGUGUAUGUAGAACGAUUCUAUGCGGCAGCCAGGUAAAGGGGCUUGUUUAAGGAAUCACGAAGGAAGCGCCCUCUGUUAUUCCGUGACCAUGUACAGUCCGACUGAGUGUUGCGUCCAGCGUACAUGAACUACUCAAUCCAACCUAUGGAAAUGUUAACUUUGCCUGCAUAACUUCUAUUUUACUGUCUUGCAACAAAGAGGAAGUGCAAAGAGGGGCAACAAUACAUGCUGAAUGUAACGUGUCUUUUGCUGCGUCUAAAGGGAAAGCACAUUACAUGAUUAAAAGGGUCCUUCUC